AUGGAAGUCGACGAGCAAGGCGUUGCCUUUUCCCUUAACAUCUUGGCAUUGACCAAUGAAGCACGCAACACCUAUGGUCUUCGACAUCAAGAUUAUGCACGAUAUAGGCAAUACUGCGCCAAAAAAAUACAUCGUCUUCGCGUUUCUCUAAAAUUCACUCAUGGCAAAGGCAGGUUUACGAAACCUCAAGAAAUAACUGAUUCAAUUCUAAAUGAUAUAAGAUAUUUGCACAUUGCGUUAUUUGAUACCGAACGAGCAUGGAGUCAUGCUAUGGAAUUAAAAAGAGAGUCUAGAGCAAGUGGUGACACGCGUAAAAAACACCAUCUGAUCAAAAAAUUAAAAAAGGCGGCGAAGUUGGGUAAUCAAUUGGAACAAUUAUGCUCGCGAGAGACCGGUAAAGUAGAUACCAGAACAGUUCUCGAGGCCCAGGCAUAUUCUUCAUUAAUAUCUGGUUAUCUGUUAUUCGAAAAACAAAGCUGGCAAAAUGCACUAGAUAGAUUUGCUGCAGCAAGGACCAUAUACGAAAAGUUGUCUGCUGCAGGGACAUCCCAUCAAGAAACACUUUGCCAAUCUGCAAUUGACGAAUUAGAUCCUAAUAUUCGUUAUUGUGCGUAUGUGCUGCGUUUAGGUUCAGAUAGUGCUUCAAAUGUAGAGGAUCUUGUUAAAAUGACUAUUGGAAAAAGCAAGGGAGUUGGUUUGGACUUAUUAGAAGCGGAAGUUGAGUCCGUCCUUGCUCAAACACGCCAAGAAAAGGCUGCAUCGUUAACUUCCAUUUCCUGGCGUGAUCGUACGGUCCCACUGAGAAAUGCAGACCUUGCGGUUUGCAUUUUGAAAGCUCGCGAAGCUACAACGGAUUUAGAAAAUGCAUCAGAUGCAGAUGCAGAAGCGACCAAGAUGGAAAUGUUUGAUAAAUUGCUUGAGGCUUAUGGAGAUGCAGAAAGAUUUGCCAAAAAUGCUGUAAAAGAGGAUGCGGAUGCUACUGCGAAA